CACCUUUUUCAUGACCAACACACCCAUUAUGGCAUUAUAACUACGCUGUGAUGGACUUGAAAAACCUUUCCAGCAAUUGGAAAAAGCUCCAAGAGACGCUGAAAAAAGAGAGCGUCUCCGCUUCGAGCUCCACCAAACGCAAAGCAUCAGACCGUGAAACUCACGCUAGUCAGCAUGGUGUGAAGAGAAGAAGAGCAGAGAUUUCGCAGGAAAAAACGUUAAAACAGCAUAAAUCGGUGAUUAAAAAAGGGAGAAUGUCUGAAGUUCGCGAAAACGGGACGGAGAAGGAAGAUGUCCGGGACGCAGUUACGAAGACUACCUCGAGGAGGAAUUCUACAAUAUCUAUAAGCGACAAGUCCCAAGCUCAGGUCAAGUCACAAUACAAGGUUGGAAAGCCUAAUGAAGGGCGAUCUUCAACUGCGGAAUUAGGUAAAUACGUUGCGAUUGACUGUGAGAUGGUGGGAGUCGGUCCCAAUCCUGAUAAUGAUUCUGCUCUUGCGCGUGUCAGUAUUGUCAACUUCAACGGCGACCAGGUAUACGAUUCGUAUGUAAGACCCAAGGAGAUGGUCACGGACUGGCGGACACAUGUGAGCGGUAUUACUCCAAAACACAUGGUGGAUGCGCGAUCAUUUGAACAGGCCCAGAAGGAUGUUGCGGAAAUUCUUGAUGGACGAAUUCUCGUGGGACAUGCGGUCAGGAACGAUUUGGACGCCCUCCUGCUGGGCCACCCCAAGCGAGAUAUCAGAGAUACGAGCAAACAUCCCGCGUAUCGGAAACUCGCAGGCGGCGGGUCUCCUCGCCUGAAGAUGCUGGCGGAGGAAUAUCUAGGGCUGAAAAUCCAGGAGGGUGCGCACUCCAGUGUGGAGGAUGCCAGAGCUACAAUGCUCCUGUAUAGACGGGAUAAGGCGGCUUUCGAACGUGAACAUGCGAAGAAGUGGCCAGUGCGAGUGACAACAGAGGAUACGGAAAAGGGAAGCAAUCAGAACAAGAAGAAGAAAAAGAAGAAGACUCGCAAGCGAUGAUGAGGAUAUUGCGGUCACUAAGCCAAAUUUUAUACCCCUUGUUGUAUAAUGAACAUUUGCUUUAUGUCUCCAUGUCGAUGAGCGAUUAUAUAUUUGCUUUCACGCAUAUAGAGUACAAAUAAUUGAAUGAGAGGGCUCUCUUGUCUA